AUUAGUGUUUUGUGUAAUAUUAUUAACCUAGAAAGUACAUGCAUAGACCUGAAAAAACAAUUCAUUUUGCUGCUAAUAUUGCGUUUGUACUCAUUAACGAAAUUAGAAUUCUUUCCAGGGUCGUUACGGCGACUUAAAUAGACAGGGUUAAGCGCUUGACUCUUUUUUAAAGCUGAUAUACCGCUUCCCAGAAUGAAGCGUCAGCUAGUUGUACAAUUGGACCAUAGGUGGCGCUGUAUUCGGCAACUAAACCGGCUUAACCUGGCAUCAUCGUCGGUGCCCCUUGAGCACAAUCGGUGUACAGGGCAGAUUGUCAAACAACUGCAACCGAUGGGAGAAUCAACAAGUUUGUUCAUCUCUUCUCCGGUUGCAUUUGCAGUUUCGGGAUACCCCGAAUAGAUUUUGCAGACUUUAUGACUCAUAAUUAACGAAUAAUGCCUGCUUUAUUGACUAACAAUGAUUAAGCUAGCAGGACAAGCAAUCAUUCUAGUCGACUUCUUACUCGAAAAAACAAUCAUACAUACUAACAUGGUGUUCUUUUCCUAGAAACAUCGUUCGAUUUACUUUAUGUGCCCUACUGUCCGACGACGAGUUAGGACUACUAAGAAAACCACGGAUAUACAUAAAUAUCAAAGCUAUUGGCUCGAUUUCAUCUGUGUCCAACGUGCUUAAUUCCAGUGUUGUGUUAUUGUGCGAUAUACGUUACGCUUAUUAAGAGACAACUAGACUGCUCAAUUUCCCAACUGUUCUCGCAAAGACAAAAUAACGUCGAUUAAUUAGCGGGGAAACAUGUAACAACGCUUGCUUAUUAACUAAAUCGUGAAAGAAAGUAAUCUUUGUGUAACUUUUAGGUGACUGUAAGUGAGUUUGUUGUUAUAAGACCGGUCGUUGCCGUCUCCAACAUAGCGAUGAUGAACCUCGAAUUUCGUAAAAGUCUUCGUCGUAAAAAGACGUCCGCGGCUCCCCCGCCGUCUGUUGAACGAGACGUCAAUGCUGAGAUUAAUCUAAAAGGUUGGCUCUAUCGACUGGAAGGAUCUCCUCUUAAACACUGGAAAAAACGAUGGUGUGUUCUAACACAGUAUGCACUGUUUGUCUAUAGAGAUGAGGACGAGCAGAAGCUCCUGGCAUCGCUUCUGUUACCUGGUUAUUCAGUACGAGUAUGUAUGAGUCAAGAUCGCGUGUCUCACAAAAAUGCUUUCGUGGCCGAGCAUGAAACGCUCAAAUCGUAUUAUUUUGCUGCAGACUCGAACGCUGCCAUGUGCCAAUGGCGAAAUUCAAUGGCGCAGUCCGCUACUAUCCAGGUCUCAGCACAAGAACAUAACCAUGCAACACGGUCAUUGCCGCAUGCUAUCUACGAUUGUAAUAAUCGACAAUAUAUGGACAUGAACACCUUAACGUGUGUGACUCGUUCGCCUAUAUACGCAAACGCUCCUCCCAAACCAAAACGUGUUUCGCCAUUAACUAAUAGACCACAUUCAGCCGACUUCCUUAAUUAUCCAGAAGAGCUUCGAGAUAAGACUUAUACAUCUUGUUCUCAACGACAAACAAGACCCCAUACUAGUAUGCGUUUCUUCGAUCCAGAAUACGAAGCGAGUAACAAUUAUGGUCCAACGUUUAGACAAAGCACAACGCGCAAUACAUUGCUUCCUGUUGCUCCUUUAAGGCCGAAGUCAAGUCCAGCGGAGCCAGCUUUUUUCUCGGUCCCAUUUGUCAAUACACCAUGCAACUUCGAAGUAUCGCAUGCUUUACCUGCAGCUCAAAAAGUCAGUAUGUAUUCUAACUUUUCUUCUCCAAAUAUAUGCAUAGAAAACUCGCAUGAUCUCCACGCACAUCCACAGUGCCACCCAGAAUCAAUGGCAUGUUCAAGUGCCUCUAAAGGACUUCUACGUUUAACAACUCUAGGUCGCAAUGUAAGCCAUUCUAGAAGCCCGCCAACAUCCGCUUCUGCUUUGCCACUACCAACUGUCACCAAUAAGGACACUUUGCUUGAUCCUUGUAGCUCAGUUCGCGCACGUAGUCUGCAUAAUAUGGCUAACUUUCAAAAUCAUUUGGACUGCUACGACUCAUCCCAAAACGAAGCUAGGAGUUUUGCACAUCCUAUGAUCUCCCUGAAUAAAGAAACCAUGGGUGGAGCAAGCUCAGGCUCGCACGAUGCGUUUGAUUCCGGACAUGAUUCAUGCUUAUCCUCGCUAUCUAAUGUUAAACUAUGUCCACAAUCAGAUUCUCUUACCUUGUCUACUCCAACUACGCACAAUAUCAUUGACGAACACGCACAACAACAUGCAUUUGCCGUUGACAAUAAACGAUUUCUGGCCCCAAAUAACAACCCGCAAGAUACUCUUAAAAAACUUCCGAGUGGAAGAACGCUGUCGACAACUUCGUACAUAUCUACCAACAACGCUGAAGAAAUUCAGCCUUCUAAGCUCGAAGUUUACCGUCAAGUACCUCAACCUAGUUUUUCCACUAAGUCCGCCGAUGAAUUCCUGGCUAGUUCGCGACAGAAUCAACGCGUUAACGACAUAAUGGGUGAUCACAGAAAUUUCUCACUUCAAUCUGCGUCCUCUCGAGAAUUACAGUCUCUCCAAAGCCUUACAGACUCUCAAUACUCGACGGUCCCCCCGGAGUCAUCUCUACCAUCUCUCGAAAGCAAUUCAUCGGAUUUUCACACUCCUUCUCCUGUGCAACAUUUUACGAACAUACCACCUCAUCAACUGCGGCGACACAAUCAGCAUCACAGAACAUCUGAGCCGCGGGCUGGUCCCCCAAAAUAUAGUGAAGCUUGCUUAAGAUCUGAAUACGUUUACCAAGUACAUAAGAUAUCCGCUAAGCAAGACGAAUCGUCCCAAGAUACCCGUUUUCCCGUGAAAUUGCGUACAAUGCGAUCGCCGCUGCAAUCGUCAUGUCAACGGGAACAAUAUUCGCCCGUAUCGCCCCGAAUGCUGGUCUCCAGAAAGCUUCUCUAUGAUCAAAUAAAUUAUGCUCAUCCGAAAGCGCUUUCAGAAACAAAUAAACCCGAAGAUGCAUAUAGUUACGGACGUGAGGACCUCCUUAAAGCAUCCCAGCUUUUUUAUAACAGUGGAAUGAAUAGACCGGUGAUGGUCAUGGAUAGUCAAAAUUCAGUGACUUUGGACCUUUCUUUUCAAUCAAGCAGUCACAACUCAGUGUUUGAACAUGACCCUUCUGUCGAUAGGCAUGAACAGUAUAAAACUGCCGAACAGCCUCGGCCUAUUCUGGCUCAGGUAGAUUCAGCUAAUUAUGCGAUACUUAAACAGGAAAUUGAAGGAUCUAAAGUCGUUGCUCGUUCUGCGGCUGUCCUUCGUUCUGCAUCUCCCUCCUUCGCCCACGACCGUGAGCCACCAUUGUAUUCGGAAAGCGUCUCGUCGAGCGCGUCACGAGAUUCACGGGGUUCCCAAAGUUCAGUUGUAAGAACGGCCAUUAUGACAGAAUUAGAUAAAUUCGAUGACAUACAAAGCCCUAAUAAGCGCUUGUCUUCCACGGAUCAAGCAACCAAGACCCUAGAAAAGGCAGUAUCGCAUCAAGGAAUCGUAUCGGAAAAGCUCGCGUUCUUCGAGUCGAAGAAAAGUCCUGAGCUUUCUCGUCCAAAAUCUACUCUGUCAAAUGGUAGCGGUUCCAGUAUUGCAACUACUAGACCCAUUCCGGAUCUGAUCGACGAGCUGCGAGAGCUUGGGUCUCGAUCAUGCAACCGUAUAUCAACCAAUAGUUAUAUAUGUUCUGCGAGUUCCGAAGAUAUACUACGCACUAUCACAAAUAGUAAGCACCAGCGUAAUCUUUCUUUGUUAGAAGGCCCCGCGCCCGACGUCGUUCCUGCUCAAACGCCUCCCUACUACUAUUCAGACCUCAGUCUGUCAGCAAAGAGCAGUAUUGCUUUAGAUCAUCAUCCUGUCAAAAUUAAGAAACAAGCCACAAGUGCCUCUCAGAUCUCUCACCUAGCAUCAAAAGAUUUUAACAAACAAAGUAAACCGCUAAAGCUGGAUGGUUCACAUAAAUUAUCCGAACUACAUUCUCAGAAGUUAUUGCCUUUGUUACAGAAGGCUGAUGAACUAAAUGGUGUUCGAGCAGGCACCUACGUUUUCUAUAGUACUGAAUCGAGUACUUCCAGAGCCCAAUCACUGUCGUGUGAAAAUCUACUCAAAAAACAGUUAGUCGAGGUACCAGAAGUGACACAAAGUGCAACGUGUCUCCUGGAGUCGGAGCCUUUCUAUGAAAACAUUGGAUUUGGGUGUAAAGGCAGUGCCGUUCACGGCUCAGAACCGCAAAGUUCUACGACAAAGGUACCUUUUUUAGUAGUUAGCCCGGCAGGGAUGCAGAAGACUGUCUCUGUCGACGAGCACCAACUAUCGUGGUCUUCACACUCUUUAUUGGGUUUACCUGCCAAUACUAAAAUUGAACAAGACAACCAGUCUUGCUGCUUACCACAAGACACACCGACAAAUAGAAGGCGCACACAAGAAUGGAGUGAUAGUCGACGUGACAAGAAAUGCUAUCGAAACUUGGUUACCACGCGGAAUCGACGCUGCGACGAAGACCUUGAAGAGCUGAAUGCCUUGGGACCCCCCGAUGUUAUUCAGUCUGCUCUUAAUUCAUCGGGUGAUGCUGGCGAACAUGACAAUGAGAUUUUCGAACAAAUAAUAAACUCCAUUUCCUAUCCUUCGAAAAUUGACAUCCCUGAACGCUACGUAUCUGAAUCAGAUUCAGAUGUUGAUUUUUCCGCCGUCGAGCGGCUAGCACGAUACCACAAAGCAGACAUAAUUCGACGGAGACUAGCAGGGCAUUCACGAGAUCACGCUAGUCGUCUCACUAUGAAUCAAGUGAUCGCUAAGCAAGCCAAACAUAUUAGUAAAAUUGUUGCGACUCACCACUAGAGUUAAAAUAUGGCACCAUAAAGGUCGAUUUAAUUAUCAAAAACUGAUCUUGUUCGGAGACAGUUGUGUGAAGGUAUUAAUAACAACAGUGUGUAAUCCAGCAAGUAAACAAACACCAUAUCAAACUCUGCCCUUCUUCGAAACUUCUAAAUCUAAUCUUUAUGUCCAUGAAGUACAAUUUUGUUAGUUAAGAUUAUCGAGCACCAAAUAUCCUCCGCCGCAGUCCUCAUCAAGACUCAGUUCACUGCGCUAAUCCCGUUUAACGAUAUGAAAUAACCUCAUUUUUCGAGUCUUCCAUUGCUAUAAGCGUUAACUUAAUUUUGCAACGAUGCAAAGACCACAACGGCUCGCAUUUAACUACUUGCUGUUAAUAAUGAGUGCCUUCUAGUCGAGCCGUAUAUUAAAGGAGUUACCCAUUUUUUCGACUGAAGCGCUCUUUUUACUGAGCACAAGCUUGUUAUAUCUUAUUUCAAGGUUAUCAUUCUAACCUAAGAACACGACUUUAACUAUAACUAGGUGCUCUUAUACUCUUAUUAAAAUCUACGCCUUAAAAAAUAACAAAUAGGUUUCGGAAGGGCAGAGUUAAAUAACUACAAUAUUUUUGACUCAUAAAUCUCGCGAAAUACUUCGUUUUCUAUUUUGAUGUUCGACGCUUUCCCAAAACUGAGCACGGUUCAUAGUAACUUGUAAGUAAUACGUGUAAUUCACUGUGUCAUUCAUUUAUUUUAGCGUAUCAAGCGUAUAAUGCUUUUCUGUUUCGAUCAGUAAACAACGACCACUUAUUAUGUAUAAACAUAACGAAAAACUCCAGUGUGUAUUCGCAUAUUGAAUAACGAGUCUACAUUGAUAUUGUGCAAGGUGCAUAGGUUGGAAGUUAAUAAAUUUAAUGUGAAAACCUA